AUGCAUCUGCGGCGGAGGGGGGUUGAAGGUGCCUGGGAAGGGGUUGCCAGGACGAGCGGUCUUGGGUCCGAGCCCAACCCUGCCCGUCCCUUGGGCCACGUGAUAGUCAAGUGCGUCCUGGGCCGGGGGGUGGGGGAAGCGGUCGCCACGUCGUCGGGCAGCGUGACGGAGGAGGCCGGUGGUGUAGAUAGUCGUCACUGCAGGUUCAUGCUGCUGGGCCAACGCUUCGUUAGCCGGCCAAGUGAGCAGCCGGCUCUGCUGAAGGCUCAGUCCGGCCAAGCUCUGGACCGGCCAAGUGAGCAACCAGCUAGGCUGGAGGCUCUGUCCGGCCAAGUGGGCAGCCGGCUAGGCUGGAGGCUCAGUCCGGCCAAGUGGGCAGCCGGCUCUGCUGAAGGCUCAGAACAGGCCAAUGGGCAGCUGGCUCUGCUGAAGGCUCAGAACAGGCCAAGUGGGCAGCCGACUAGGCUGGAGUCUCUGUCCGGCCAACCGGCUCUGCUGAAGGCUCUGGACCGGCCAAGUGGGCAGCCGGCUCUGCUGAAGGCUCAGAACAGGCCAACCGGCUCUGCUGAAGGCUCUGGACCGGCCAAGUGGGCAGCCGGCUCUGCUGAAGGCUCUGUUCGUCCAAGUGGGCAGCCUGCUCUGCUGAAGGCUUUGGACCGGCCAAGUGAGCAGCCGGCUCUGCUGAAGGCUCUGGACCAGCCAAGUAGGCAGUCGGUGUAA